AUGUUUGCUAUACAGUAUGUCUAUUCAGCAUGGGCCCCCCAAUUCGCCGAGCGAUUGAAGCUCUCCUCGACUGAGACGAACCUCAUUGGUCUUUCAGCCAAUUUGGGAAUGUAUUCUCUGGGUGUUCCCGUUGGCAUACUGGUCGACCACAAAGGGACUCGUUCCGCCGUCAUUGGCGGCUCCUUUCUGCUCGCCCUUGGAUACUUUCCCUUUCACAUAGCCUAUGACCGCGCGGCUGGUUCCGUUCCGCUUCUUUGCUUCUUUUCGUAUCUUACUGGCCUCGGUGGAUGUAUGGCUUUUGCUGCCGCCGUCAAGACAUCCGCUCUCAACUGGCCACAUCAUCGUGGUACUGCGACCGCUUUCCCGCUGGCUGCUUUUGGCCUGAGCGCCUUCUUCUUCUCAACCUUCGGUACCCUCUUCUUCCCUGGAAAUACUAGCGCCUUCCUGGCUUUACUAUCAUUUGGGACCUGUGGCCUGACCUUCCUCGGUUUCUUCUUCCUGCGUGUUUGGCCGCACACCAACUACCACAGUCUACCCGCCAGUGAUGGUCUGUCUGGCUCUCAACAACUUCACCGUACAUCCUCAGAGGAGGCGAAACCCAACCGCUCCAGUCAUGGGCAUCACGCGGUGUUGGAUGAACCUGAUAUCCGUGGUUGGAACCUGUUUCGUGAGCUCGAUUUUUGGCAGUUGUUUUGCAUCAUGGGCAUUCUCACCGGCGUUGGUCUUAUGACAAUCAACAACAUCGGAAAUGACGUAAAAGCCCUUUGGCGCCACUGGGACGAAUCUGUUGACGAAGCCUACCUCAUCACUAGACAGCAGAUGCACGUCUCCAUCCUGUCUAUCUGCAGCUUUGCGGGCAGACUCCUGAGUGGUGCUGGCUCAGAUUUCAUUGUCAAAGUGCUCCACGGUAGUCGAGUAUGGUGUCUUGUUGUCUCCAGUCUAGUUUUUUUCCUUGCGCAAAUCCUAGCCCUCACCAUCACAAACCCUCAUCUUCUGGGUUUGGUUUCUGGCCUGUCUGGUAUUGCAUACGGGUUUUUGUUUGGAGUAUUCCCCUCCAUAGUCGCCGAGUCAUUUGGAAUCCACGGCCUCAGCCAGAACUGGGGUCUGAUGACACUGUCUCCUGUGGUUUCGGGUAACAUCUUCAAUAUCUUUUACGGCAAAAUUUACGACAAGCACAGCAUUGUGGGCCCAGACGGUGAGCGAGUUUGUCAUGAUGGGCUGAACUGCUAUCGUGCUGCCUAUCUGAUGACCUUGGCAUCAUGUUCAAUUGGUCUCGUUCUCACACUUUGGGUCAUUCGCCACCAGCGCGUGAAAUGGGCAAAAGAGGAGAAAGACAAGGCAGGGCAAACGGACUAG